UGCCCUAAACCGGGCUUUGGACUACAUUUCCCAGAUGGCUUUGCUUCCCGGCCUGUGCUACUUUAUCAGGGCGUGUCUUGGAAGAGAAGCCCAAUCCCCUAGCUACGCUGGGACCUCUCGCUGCGCUUCAGCAGCCGCAGCUGCCUCUAGGCAAGAUGAUUGGGGUCCUGCUCCUGCUCCUUCUUCUCCCUUUGCUCCUGUACAUCGCUGUACCCCAAAUCAGGAAAAUGCUGUCCAGCGGGGUGUGUACAUCAACCGUCCAGCUUCCUGGGAAGGUCGCUGUGGUCACUGGAGCCAACACAGGCAUUGGGAAGGAGACGGCCAAAGAGCUGGCUAAAAGAGGAGCCCGUGUAUAUUUAGCCUGCCGGGAUGUGCAAAAGGGGGAAUCGGUAGCCAGAGAAAUCCAGAACAUGACAGGAAACCAACAGGUAUUGGUGCGGAAACUGGACCUGGCUGAUACUAAAUCUAUUCGAGCUUUUGCUAAGGGCUUCUUAGCAGAAGAAAAGCAUCUCCACAUUUUGAUCAACAAUGCAGGAGUGAUGAUGUGUCCUUACUCCAAGACAGCAGACGGCUUUGAGACGCACAUGGGAGUCAACCACUUAGGUCACUUCCUCCUGACCCAUCUGUUACUAGAGAAGCUGAAGGAAUCAGCCCCAUCAAGGGUAGUGAAUGUGUCUUCCUUAGCACAUCACAUGGGAAGGAUCCACUUCCAUAACCUGCAGGGUGAGAAGUUCUACCAUGCGGGUCUGGCCUACUGUAACAGCAAGUUAGCCAAUGUUCUCUUCACCCAGGAACUGGCCCGGAGGCUAAAAGAUGCAGAAACUAAGUCACAACAUCAGGAACUUGCCCACGGUCACACAGCGAUAAAGCUGAGAUUUGAAACUGGGCAGUCUGACGGCAAAAGCUCUGGCGUUACAACAUACUCAGUACACCCUGGCACAGUUGACUCUGAAUUGGUUCGGCACUCAUCCCUCCUGAGAUGGAUUUGGUGGCUUUUCUCCUUCUUCAUCAAGACCCCUCAGCAGGGAGCCCAGACCAGCCUGUACUGUGCCUUAACAGAAGGUCUUGAGGUUCUAAGUGGAAACCAUUUCAGUGACUGCCAUGUGGCAUGGGUCUCUGCCCAGGCUCGUAACGAGACAGUAGCAAGGCGGCUAUGGGAUGUCAGCUGUGACCUGCUGGGCAUCCCUAUGGAUUGACGGGUGAUGGCAGUUGGACCAAGAGAAGCCUGCAGCACACUACUCAGUACUCCCUGCCAAAAUGAUUCUCCUUCAGGAUGGCCAAAACCUUGAGCACAAAGACUGCAAACCUUCCAUCCUUGCCUGCUUGAUGUUGGAUAAAAGCCCAGUGUACACUGCCAGACUCAUCUAAACGCCUUGCAUUUGUCUAGAUUUAUUUUGUUCCUAUUACUGCCAGAGUUACCAGAGAUAAUGUAGGAUAGGUGGACCCUCAUAUGCCUGCCACCAUAUGACCGCUUGUAUUUUCCCUCUGAAACCUACUACCUAGGAGAGCCUAAGCUAUGGCAGGGUUGAUUUACAGCACUUUAGAUUUGUUUCUGUCCUUCUUGUCCACAAUGUAGUUCCUCUCGACCAAACAACCUUCAAAGGGGCCACGCUGCAGCCUCAGCUAAGCUCCAGGAGUCACAGUGGCUUGGCUCAAGAGCAAGAUUUCUCCCUUAUCUCUUAAGAAAACCAUCAUGGCACCAACAUCUGGAGUCUUGAAAGAAACUCUUAACUGAAUCUGGGUUGUGGCAUGGCUUCAUCUCUGACACCGCUUUUAAGACACUUUCCCAUGCCUAGACCACAAAAGAGCUUCCUUUUCUAAGAAGGUAGUAGGGUUUAGGGGAUGGUAGGAAUUUGGGGGAAGGCAGAGAUAAAAAUCAAAUUGAAACUGUCAUUCAUUUUUCUAUUUCUCAAACCAGCAAGAGGGUAGUGGAAGAAGCAGUUUGCAAAGAUAUGCCACCUGACUUCAAUUACUGAAGGAGGCCUCAUUUUUGUGCCUUAGUUUCUCUUAGAGAACCAGAAGACAGGAAAGGCUUUUUGAUGAUUGUCCCUGAGUGUAUCUUUGUGUGUGUUCUUUUAUAUUUAUGCAGUUGGGAGCAUUCAAAAUAGCCACAAAGGAACAGUAUUAUACUGGAUCCUAGUGCAGGUAAAUGAUCAGAGACCGAUCAAAUCAGUGUCAUUCAGUCUUUGAUACAAAUGGGUAGAGCUACAAAUAGAAGUGAACUUUGUAUCUGCUCAGAACUACCAAUCAAGAAGCACAUGGGUAGCAUGGAAGAAAUCCAAAAAAGAAUCCUAGAAGAUACUGCAUGCAAAGGCAAUGAAGGGACUAGUUAAGGGUUUGUUUUUCAGUCCCGGGCCAGGGAUUGAAUCCGAACUACAGCUGUGGCAACACUGGAUCCUUUAACCCACUGCGCCUGGCUGGGGAUAGAACCUGAGCUUCCACAGCAACCUAAACUACUGCAGUCAGGUUCUUAACCCACUGCGCCACAGCACGAACUUCUUCAACAAAAUAUUUUAAGGACUGGUGUUGGUAAUUACAGUCAAUUUAAAAAAUCUUUUAGGGCAUUUCCUUACAUUAUCUUGAUAUUAAUGUCUACUGUACUUGCUAGAAAUCUACAUUUGGAGAACUUUUAUCAAAAGGAAUGCUGCUGAAGGAAGGCUGAGGAAUUGGUAAUAGUUCAUCCCCUGUUUUGAGUACAUACUUCUACUAGAGUUUGUGAUUUUCUUGGACUAACAUAUAUUCACUUAGGUGGAGAAAAGAGUGUAGGACCACAGUCUUCUCAUAUUUGUAAAUAAUCUUUUGUUGAACUUGUUUUGACCAUUAAACUAGACAUAGUUAUUUUACGGAAAAAUUGGGAAACUUUUGAUAAUAGUGUGGAACUGAAUUAAUAUUUAAUGUAUAUUGAACUGUCAAUCACAAAUAAAAACUUUUGAUUAUG